CACACAAACACCUCUUCUUUUCACUACAGCUGCUUCUUUUAUUCUUCUACUGGCCUCGAUUCACGCACGCUCUCACUUUGUCUCUCUCUCUUCUAUCAGUAUCAACACACAGGCUCAUCUUUCUCCCAUCAAUUGAGCUUGUCAAUCGCGCCAUUGAGCUCGUUACGGCGAACGGGCCCUCUGAUCGCCAUGGCCAACCAACCACAUCACUCCCUCGCUGUUUAUCGGGCCUUUGUUCACCCGAUCACUGGCCAGACCGACUCUUAGCUUAAGGCAGAACUGGGUUCCGUGUCUUUCCGAGCCUGUCUCAGCAUUUCACUGAGCUUAGGCGGUCACGUCCUCUCAGGUAGUAUGGCGACAUGCGUGAUAGCAUGUUAUAGCAUGUUAAUAUGUGCACUGUCUGUACUGUCCCAAACUUAGCAACAGGAUUUUCCUGGUCAGCAGAAGUGAUUGCUGUUACAUUAGCAGUUGACCACCGGCACUUUGGAGCCGCCAUCAAUCUCAUGCGGACAAAAGUCCGAAGCAUACUACUAUGGAUCCCCGAGCUAGGAUUUAUAUCCGAUAAGCACACUGGCUCACCGUGUCUAUCUUCUGACACUGCCUUCCAAAUGCAGUUGUGGGUGAGACGAAGCCUUUUAACUGACUUUGGGCUCUCCAGACGACCUCGCUUGUCUUAGAAUUCUUGAAACAGACGCUGCAUCGCCAUGGAUACAUUCUGGCCCCAUGUAUGCGGGUCUGCCAAAGCCACGCUCACUACGAUUACAAAUACAAGUUCUGUAAGACACAGCCUGGGGCCAGUUCGUUGCGCCACGUGCUGCUCAGCCAUGUGCGACGGGCCAGCAAACUGCAUGACAGGCUGACACGAUGGCCGAUAGCCAACGACAAUGAUUCACUACCCAACAGAUAUACGCGCAAGGAUUCUAAUCCUCUAGAAUUCCAUCCGCAUGAACGCUUGUAAGAUCCAGCCCACGAUAGGAAUCCUACGGGAGCUUUGCAGGGCCUUGGGAUUCCCGCGAUAGCCGAUACCCUAGCAUAUACGCGAUUGGUGAGAAUUUAGCACACGGAGGGAGCUGGCCAGGCUUAGAACUGAUGUCAUACAACCCGGAGUCGAGUCCAGCAGAGAUAUAGGAUUUGGAUCCGAUUCGACUGCCCCGUGCGCGGAACGAGGCGAUCAUGAUAGAGCCCACUGUAGCGAAGCAUCAACGGCCCGCGAUCUCCGAUCGUUGUGGGCUCGAUUGAAGUGUCGAGAAGACAUAUGUGACUGUGUAACUUUCAGU